AUGGAAUCUAACAUGGAGGAUGAGCUGGGUGAUUGGGGUUUACUUAGUAUUGCAGAUAUACUAGACGUUAAUCACUUUCGCAAAAACGAAGUCUUAAGAAGUACAAUUUUGACCCUUCAUGAUUUUGAAAUACCUUUGCUUUCCUGUGGCCCAUCCUAUGCUGCACGGUAUAUUCAAAUGUUGAUUAAAAAUUCCAAGUGCAACGCAGAGAAUCGAAAUAGCAACCUUGAAGAGAUAGAUAAGUCUCGUUCAGUUAGGCUAAAACAAUCUCUUGCUGCCUCUGAGCUCAUUCGUGAAAGACUAUUAGGAGCGAUCGAGUUAUUUGCAUUGACAGUACAACAAGAGAACCAUAGACCUAGUUUUCUACAGAUUGUGGUUCAUCUAGGCUCUGUUGUUUGUCCAGCCAUAGGAUCCUUUUGUGAUGCUCUUAUUGAGGGUACAGAAGCUAUAGCGUUGCAAAGCAUUUCCUCUCCAAAAGAAAUUGGUUCAUGCGUGGAGGUUCUUCAACUCUUUAGGUCUCGGAUAAAUAUGUCCGUAUUGACAAAAGAACAACAAAGGAGACUUUUUUUUGCUGAGUUUUCUUUGGCGUUACGCUCGGAAAGACUUGGUGUUGUCGUGAAUUGCCUUUUACAACAAGCAACCAAAGAUGCAGUACAAGGAGAGUAUUGUCCUCCUCCUUUAGAGCAUCGUGUAAGUUUUGUAAAGGCAAAAACAGAUGGAUUUCUAACACGAAUCUGUGAAUUGCCCUUCCCUGUUCAUUCAACGCAGGUGUCGUGUUUCCCUACCGAAGAGAGACUUGUUGUGUGUAGUGGAAAUCGGGGCUGCGUCUUUGACCAAUUGGGGAUGAUGGGAACUCGAUUUAAAUUGAAGGAGGAAUUUGAGCUGCCAAUCGAAAAGAAUACGAGACUGAUUCUCUGCAAUGAAAAGGAUCUGUUCCUGGCCGUUCGACUGCCGUCUACGAUGGGAAACACAUGCUAUUCUAUUCAAAAAUGCAAUCGUGUCUCUGGAGAGCUUUUAGCCAAAUCCAAGAUUUUAUUUCUUUUUGACGACGCUUUGGUUGCCUCACGUGAUAUUCUGUUUGAUAUUCACGGCUCGGUGCUUAGUUGUCUGGUGUGCAGUGAGUCGUCGCGGGUAUCCAACAGUAAGUGCCAUUUAAUACAAAAAGAUUUGGAUGCCAUAUUUGAUGUUGGUCAGCAUGAGUUUCAUGUGACACCUCAAAGUGCCUUAAAACGCGGCCAAGGAUUAGGACAUGCAACGAAGAAAUGCUAUUAUUUUACUAAAGUAAAUGCGAUAUCUAUUGGUCGCGUCACAUUGAAGGAAAAUUUUCAUCCCUUUACCGUGGAAAUGUGGGUUUAUCCCUGCAAUGCGUUGGAAAACCAAAGCGUUCUCUCCUUGGGAGACAAAAGUCUGGAUGAGGUUUUGAUUGAAAUUGAGCCCACCCCAGAGGGUGUUUUGUGGCGUGGUGGUUCCAGAACGCCUCACCUUGGCGCCUCCUUUGUAACGUUCGCAGUUCCUGGAAAGCUGGCCUUUUGCCAACGUUGGUGGCACGUGGCACUUUUAUUUAAAGGUAACUCGUGGGAGCUGUGGGUUAAUGACGCCAUCGUAGCUCGUGCACCAGCGCUCGUUUCUCCAGAGGCGUUGAUAGACGUUGAGUGUGUUUUGGGAAAAAGCUUUGUGGGGUGCUUGGCUGAGGUGCGUAUAUGGAAUUGUUGCCGCACCCCCGUACAGCUUUGUAGGGACAGCAGGCGUUCUCUCACGACGGCGGAGCCCACCCUUUCCGGAUACUUCCCACUCGAUGAAAGUGAGGGUGACGUCAUUGCAGACUAUGCUGCAAACGGUUCUCAUGCGCUUUUGCAUCAGGGGCAAGCGACAUGGUUAGCGGUUGAUCAGUUUCCUAUUGCCCCACUAAACAUUGUGCGUUGCAUCGACGACUUUGCACCCAUUGCCUGGCGAGAGUCUUCAGGGAUUCUCUUUUUGUCAAGUUGUCCCGGGUAUAUUGCGGUUGCUGUCCCGACCGAAGGACCUUCACUCACCAUCUGUGAGUACACCACGUACGAUCUCAGACUGGUGUUUCAGGCGAGGGUGGAACUUCCUGUUCGUACGCCGCUUAAAGGCAUGGCAUACAAUGCGUUGCGGCAUUCAUUGGCUUGUUAUGCCACCACCGCGGAGCAUCCCAAGCGAGUGCUGAUUUGGGAAUUGCACCAGCAGCACUAUUUUCCCUUUUUAAAGAAGGAUAAGUAUGAAAAUAUAUUGGAAUGCGAGAGGGAUUUAUUGACACAGUGUGCAAUGUAUGCGAAGCGUCUUGUAGGGGCCGAGCGGUGCUUGGUGGACCAACUCUCUUGGUCUGUCCGUGUCCCAGGGCUUGUCGUAGAUACCUCCGACGGAUUAAUCUCGAGUUUAUUGCGACUUAUUCAUACUGUAUUGGUUGAGCAAAAGUAUCAGGAUUACACCAGACAGUUAUAUGCGUUACUACAUGCAAACUUGCUCUGCAGAGUUGAAAAUCAACGAGACAGAUUAAUAAAGGAGAUUGGAGAUGUGUUUCCCGACGCACAGACGCUUAUCAAGGCAGCACAGGGAUAUAGCGAAGCCACAAAUACAAGAGCCGAGCUAUUAAGGCUUGCUUUUCAAGAAUCAUUUUUUGAGUCUGGUCUUCUCUCCAUGACGUGUCGUUGUUUGCUCUCCGAAAAAAGCCGCCUUGCUUUUGUUAAAACGCAAGCUGGUCGAGGGCGUAUUACAGAAAAAGAGGAUAUGCUGUUUCGCUCUCUACUUGAUUACUAUGGAUCAUUGCAGGCAUCGAGUAUGCUACUGAACAACACCGAUAAUGCUCAACUGUUCUGCUCGUCUUUGAUGGCUGAGGAGGUGUUUCAGGUGGACCGUUGGUUGGCGGGUAAUGGAAAGGCCCUGGAAGCCAUCCGGCGGACGAGUCACUCUCUUGAAGUUUUUCAAGAAAUUCUUUUGGCCAAAGCUGUAGAGAAGUAUAAAGGGGAAUGCUGCACGUUUGUGACGACGUAUGCGAAGUUGCUCCUACGAAUAAGUGAGAGAAUUAUGGAGGUGUCUUCCAAGGCUCUUCGAAAAAAACCGGAGCUUUACCUUGGUAACUUGAUCACCUGCAUUGAGUGUAGCGCGGUGGGGGCGUUAUUGCCUUCGUUCACAGUUGCCCUUCCACUACUGCCUACGAGUAUUCAAGCAAGUUGUCUCCCUUCCUUGAAGAGUUGCCGUGAGGCUUUGUUCGCCCUUACCGAUGCGCUGCCUCGCAAUGAGCAACUGCCGUAUGAACUCGGUGUAGCGUUGACCUCGGCGCUGUGCCGCAUCGGUUGCUCCCUGCUUGUCUCUUCCGAUGUGGUGACCUCCGAGGUGGAGCUGAAGUAUUUGCAUUUGUUGUGGGGCGGCAUUCGAAAACCGGGCUGUGAGCGCGAUGCGAUUAUUAAAAAUAUACAGCAAGGCGUGGGAGCCAUUUCGCGAGUCAUUGACGAGCUUCACAGAGAUGACCCAGGCGCCUUACUGGUUCUUCGAGAUGAUCGUCUGGUGAAAUUGGAACGACUUCUGAUGGCGGCAUUUUGUGCGCUGCUGAUCCCCACAGAGUCCUUGCGGCAGGCAACGCGGCAGACUCUAGCACCCAUGUUUCGCUAUGUUCAUAACAUGCGAGCUUUGGUGCUUUCAAAGCGGCAGGAAAACCGAGAAUCACUGGAUGUUUUGGAAGAAAAGGCCACAUUUUUGGCCCGUUUUGAGCCCAUCUCUGGAAUCCGAAGCGAGGAGCUACCGCGACUUAAGGCUGCCACCAAAGACGCGAGUCCCCAGCGAAAAUGGAAGCGGUUUUUUCAGACCUGGAAGGCGCUGCGAGUUUUGAAGACCAAACUCCCUCAGCAGCGCGAGACAGAGUCGGGCGAACCAGAGGCUGUUAUUCUGCAGUUUCUCUGGGAUAAGAAUGUGGAACGGGAGAGCGUUGACCGUCUUGUUCUGCAACAAACCCAGCGAGCGCAUUAUCGCCUCUCUGGUAUGCUGCUGUUGCGACAGCUAAUUGAGGAGGCAAGGGCGAGUGAGACCUUGGCAGGUAUUGUUCUUCCUGUUUUGGCAAAGGCGUUUACAGGAUGGCACUACUCGGAUGAUGUACAGUGUUGCUCAAAAGGGGAUUUUCUUCGACUCCAUGGUGCCUUCUUCCAGUUAUUGGAGCUUGCCGUGGUCAGCGUUGAAAGCGGGGCACGUGACUUGUGGGCAGAUGUGUUUUUGUCAUUGUUAACGUCCGAGCUGCGAGUCAUUGACUUUCGGAGGGUGCGCAGCGAUGUUGUAACGACACUUGGUUCCCUGUGGAAAUUUGAGAAUCGAACUCCCAACGGGAUACCAAGCUUGAAUGGAAAUAUACCUGAAGGUGCGCGUAACACGCGCCUUGCCGCAAGUGGGGCCGCCCCAACACUGGUUAUAGGUCAGUCUGGCUGUACGAUGAAGGGUCUUGGGGGGAGGGGCACGUGCGUGGUUCCUGUUGAAUGGAGUUUGAGCCAAAAAGAUCUUCCCUACUACUUUGAGGUUCUCAUUGUAGAUAUUUACCCUGGAGGAAGUUGUUGCGUGGGUGUAGGACCACCAGACUACAGUGUUUCACGGUUGCCUGGAUGGGAUAGCGAGUCAUAUGCCCUGCAGAGCGAGGAGGGCACGUUGCAUGAGAGCAAUACGCUUGGCCGGCCCACAGGCUGCACGUUUGGCAUUGGGGAUGUCAUGGGAUGUGGAUGGAACACAGAAACAAGGGAGAUUUAUUGGACCAAAAACGGCAAAGAUAUUGUCGCUUCAGUGGAAGUUGCACAGCAUCAGCUAAAUCCCUUGAUUGGAAUGUGCGGAAAAGGGCUUCUCAAGGUGAAUUUUGGGGCAGAACGAUUUAUGUUUGAUAAAGUGCCCGGAAUUAAACCAAUACGACGUCAGUUGGGUGAAACAGCCUGGGAUGUUUUCCGUGUCUUAUCGCUUCGGGCAGCUCUUGGUCUUGUUGAAUCCUGCGGUGCCUCACAAACCCACAAUGCGGACUCCACAGAAGGGUUGCGGACGGUGGUUGAGCAGUGUAUUGAAUCCAGCUGUGCCGAGGUGGAGCGCGUCCUCGCGCUUCCCAUGUCCGAGUCGUUUGUCAUCUCUCUCUGUUCCCAUUUAGCAACCUUGGCAAAGGUACUCGUGUCGGCAAACGAUGAGGCUUUGACGCCCUGUGUACAGCGUGUGGUUAUGGUCCUACAGAGAAUCACUCACCACACGCUUCAGGGCGCCGUGUGGAGUUCCAAGUUGCGUUGCGUGCUUCUGAGGACCUGGUUUGCCUUUAUGAACCUGGUGCAUCCACACAGUAUCACUGAGGAUGACAAACUCCCCGGCUUUCUUGAUACGCUGUUGGCACUGGGACGGGAGAUUGAGUGGGCGGUCUCACAGUGCCCCGGAACGACGUCUGAGGCGUGUACGUCUGCUGAGGCAUGGACGGCGCUUGCUUUUCUGCAACAUAUAAACUGCAAUCACCCACCACAUCGCUGGAGGGACAAGUUGCAUGCAUGGAUUAUGCGAAACCUCGAGACGCCAAAGGACAAGGCAAACACUUCUUUGGCGCUCCGCAUUUUAUUUGGGGCGCCACGACUGCUAGUGCCUGGAGAUCGCAUUGUGGUGCAAAAAUCGAAGCACAAAAGGGUCACGGCGAUCCUCAUUGACUACUCGCUAGACGAAGAAACGUGCGAAAUUAUUGAGGAUGAGGAGAAGCGACAAACCAUUUCAUUGCGUCAGACGGAUAUCACCAUGGGAGACGACUCAGUGACCUUUCCUCAAACCGACAACAAGUUUCAUGAAGAGCAAGUGGCGCAGGUCCUUCGCCUGGCCCAGCGGAUCUGGGGUGAGACUGGAGUCGAUACUGGUUUGACGGGAACUGCGCUUCGAUGCAAAGUACUUGCUAUUCUCUGGCGAUGCGUGCGGAGGGGUGUUCUUGUUGCGCCGAGUGAAAUUCUUCCCAUGCUGGCGAAGUUCUGCGAUAGUGGAGAAAACUUCCUGGAGGAGCACGAGGUGCUGGCGCAGGAGCGGUUGGUGAUUGAGCAUUGUCUUCUUGGGCGGGUGUUGAGCGGAAGCAGCGGGGGUAGCAACGCCGCGGGUGCGGUGGCGCUCGGCAGCAGCGACGGCAGGGAGCUUCGAACGCGCCUUGCACAGGAGUUAUCCAUGCGGGGCUAUAAUCUGGAUCUUUGCUUUGUGGCGCUGGAUGAGACGAACAAUGACGUCCAGCUGGCGCUUCAGCUACUAGGCGAUCAUCAUGGCGACUUUAUGUCAACGCGCCGGCGUGCGGCAUCUUCCUCCAGCGAAGAUGAAGACAUGAGCAGCGACGAUGCCGAGAUUGACGCCGCGGAAUACGAUCUUCACGUUUUAUUCCCCGCCGAAAGCGAUGAGGGAAUGGACGAGGAAGUUUCCGUGGACCACUGUGACCCCUCGUUGUGUGAUGGGAUCCGCUUCAUUGGGGGCUACGUAUGCGUCGCGGGCGAGCGUGCGUUGGGGCAUAAGUUUACGAUUGAUCUGCAGUUGUAUCUCUUUGAUAGCACCGCAACGCAGGUGGUGUUUCAUCAAAAGGCCCUCACGGGAGGCUCGAGACUCGUGGCGCACAUUCGAAACUCCACCUUAUACUGCGGCUGGAUGAAGACCGGAGACGAUGCCUCCCAGCUGUGCAAGUUUCCUCUUCAGUACACGGACACGCUGCGUUGGAUUCAGUUGACGGUGGUGCAGGACGCAUCGACGUUUUCCUUUUACAAGGCCGGCGUGCUUCAGUCAGAGAUGACGCUUGCGCAACCCGGCGCGAUACUUGAGAAUGAGCUUUACUUUGGUGGGUCCGCGGAGAGUGAGGAGACGCAUUUCAGCGGAGGAAUGAAGAAUGUUCAGAUCUUCGGCGCCGCCCUGACGAGGGAGGAGGUGGCUAACUUGUCCUCGUUCAGGUCGUGGGGCCUGCCUCCCCACCCCUCGCUCUCGCUGGUGUGUGCAAGCGACACCAUCAAGGCGGUUUCGAGAGGGACACCGUACACCGCAAGCGUCACCGUGGUCGGGGCUGUGACGUGGUUUGAACAGGCCGAGGGGGGUGGACGCCCCGGUGACUUUUGCCAACACGAGAUUGACUUCACCACGCAAAAUGGCGAGGAUGGCAUCUUCAGCGUGGACACGGUAAAUGAGGCCAGCAGUUUCACCACCCUUUGGAGACGAAGGAAGGACCAACGAAAAGACUAUCUUCUGACAUCUAUUCUUAAACUUGACAGGCAGCUUGCGUGCUACUAUGCGGUGGCCAUCCUGACACAGAUGAUGCGGCUUACACCAAAUGCAAAGAGUUUCCUUACGAGGGAGCAGACAAGAAACAUGGUACGACUUACCGUGAAUUCACUUGACGCCGAUCUAUUACAGUCACUCUCUGCCACGCUGCAACACUUGACAGGCGCUGACGAUGGGAAUGUUGUGAAUUAUGCCAUGGAGGAACUUGUUGACAUGGUGCAGCGGGAGCAGAAGAUGUUGGUAUUUGAGUCCUCACACCCCUUCAAAUCCACCUCGGAAACGGCUCACGAGGUUUAUGUGCCUGGUCGGCACGCUUAUGAACUCUACUUUGAUGCGCGGUGCUCGUCAAGCAGCGUGCUUGUCACCUUCUACGCCGAUCAUACCCUUUCUAGUAUUAUUGCGCAAACUCCUGGCUACGCAUUACACACCCUUCUAAUUCGGGCCCCACGUUUCUUUUUUGAUGUUCGAAUGGAUGCCUCUACCCCGCAAUGGGGAUACAAGGUUGUUGUUCUCUAUGAUGCAUCUGUGCCACGAUCCGCGGCUCGACUGCUUCACGCCACAUUGUCUGCGGUGAUUGCGCGGGGAAUGUCGCGCGUGCAAUUUUUGAAAACGGGUGCGUGUCUUGAGGCCUUGGCCAAUGCCAGUAGAAUGAAUGUUGGCACCACGCGUCGCAUAGUAUUGUCGUGUUUAACAGACAUCUUAACUUAUGGGGCAGAGUACAUUGAACCCAUGCCUCAUGCGAACCGCAUGCACGACCUUCGACGGAUGGCGGAGCGUCUUUUCAGGCGAACAAUAGGUUCUCAACACCUCCAAAGCCGCUUUGUUCAGGUUGUGGCCGAGUUUUACGUCGCCCUCAAGGAUGCAGAGCAUUGUUGGCGGGUCAUUGGGGAUGAACGGGCAAAGAUUCGUGAUGAAGUGUACGACGCUGGGGCCGAUACAGAAUCUUUUGUGCAGAAGAGGCUUGAGCAACGCAGAUUGUACCGGCGUCGAGAGGGAAUGCGUGUGACAGUGGAAAAGGUGCUUCACCCGGAAAGCCUUCGUAUAGGGGUUAACCCAAAUAAAACAAUCUUGGUUUGGAGUGAGCGUUCAGGAAGUUCCGUUGUCGCGGAUGUUCCUCUGGGCUCUGGAAAGUGGUAUUUUGAAGUGCGCAUGAUGGCGACGGGGGACGUGUUUGUAGGCGUGCUUCCAUCUCGGCUCCAUGACUGGUCCGAUGUACCAACGCCAGAGACGUUUUUGGCGUUGAACGGUAAAACCGGCACCUUCCAUGGGGUGAAGGACGAUUCCGUGGCCCCGCGCCGUAUUUGGAAGGCCAAGGACUACGUUGGGGUCGUCAUGGAUGGCGCCAAGAAGACGUGCUCCUUUUUUGUUAACGGGUGUGACACAGGUCUUUGCUUUCGCUUUGCCGCAAGUGAGGCGGAGGCCGUUUGUGCCGCGGGAACAAACCUGCAAGAUGAGCUGGAGAUGUCGUAUUAUCCUUUUUUUGUGCUUGAAGAGGAGGAGGGUGUCACGAUCAACUUUGGCGGAGCCCAUUUUGAGUUUGAGUCCCCGCGGGACUGUUUUCCUUUCGACCCGGCGAACCUGUCACUUGGAACACUUAUUCCCUACAAUCAGCUUCGCGCCUUUCACGAUCUCGCCACUUACAUCGUCUCUGCCGGUCGCACCACAUUGCCAACUUUUUUUCACGAGGAGGCAAACCCGUUUGAUGGCUCAACAGAGCGAUUUGGGCCGCCCCAUGUUUCCUUGCAUUCUGCGGUGGGUGUACAAAUAAACUUGCUGCUGGUACGAAACACGGGAACUCGAUUUGCAACUGUGCGGGCAAAUUGUCGAGUUUCAGGGGGAAAGUGGUAUUAUGAGGUCACAUUGCGUUCUCAGGGACUGAUUCAGAUUGGGUGGGCCUCCUCGGACGACCCGCAAACGGGCGGUGUCGGAGACACGCCUAACUCAUGGUCGAUUGAUCUUUUUCGACGUCUUAAGUGGCAUAAUGGAAAGUGUGAGACCCUCACCGCUUCACGUCGCUGGGUCGUGGGGGACGUGAUUGGUUGUGCAUUGGAUAUUGUGGAAAGAAAAAUGAUCUUCCUCUGCAAUGGCAGACCGUUGUGUGAUGCUACGUUGAACGAUUGCACGUUUGCGGGGCUGCCGACGACGCUUUCCUACGAGCCUGCAGUCUCGCUGCGAGCAGGGAAUGAAGUGUUGUUUAACUUUGGAUCCUCCAGUUUCAAGUACAAACCCGAGGGAUUUUGUGCGUUGGGCGUUCCGGAUUCCUGGAAUGAGCGGAUGGAUGCCUUCUACUCGACUCUGCGGCCGUCCACAACGCUACUGCGGUUACGGGCCUUGAGCGAUAUUUGGCUUUCCACCGAUAAGUUUACCAUACGGGACAGGUUGAAACCCUAUUCUCUGGUUGUGGAUGCCAUACAGCAGUACUGCCGACGGGAGGGCAAGAGCUUUGCCCAGGUAACGGAAGAAGUUUGCACGGAGAUCUUUCGAGAUGUUCCUAUCCCCGCGCAGGAGGCAUGGAAGGCAUAUACGGUCCUGGUUGCCUUUUCUCGGGUUUCUCAAACCGUUAUACCGUUUUUGCAUCUCGAUACCCGACAUCUUAACAUAUCCACAAAACUUUUUUUAGAGUGUCGUGGUCUCCUUUUUGCGUCACUUAGGAAUGACAUUGUGGAUGACAUUCUUCGAGUGACAAAUGUCCGUGCCGAACACCUGCGGGUGUCGAUUAACCGAUUGAAGGCCCGCGCAAACAAGGGCUCAUGGAUGUCAACCGUUUUUGGUCAAACUUUUUCCCUGCUAGCAGACCAACAUCCACGCGCAUUUCGUACAAACAAGCGACUUUGGGGUGUUGUCUUUCUUGGUGAGGGUUCCGAGGAUGUUGGGGGCCCCUUCCGCGAGCACAUUGGUGAGAUGUGCCGUGAACUUAUGAGCACUUCCUUGCCGCUCUUUGUUCCAACCGCCAACAAUGUGCAUAAUACCGGUAACUGUCGUGAUGCCUUUGUGCCUGCAGCAUCUGCGGUAGGGACGGCCGAGUUGACGGCAUUUGUGUUUAUUGGUCAGUUAAUGGGUGGGGCUAUGCGAAACAAUGAACCAUUGGGCCUGUUUUUUCCUCCCAUUGUCUGGAAGUUUCUGUGUUUCUAUCCCAUUGAGGAGUCUGACAUCGACGAUGUGGAUCGCAUCUGCUUGCAGUGCAUCCGAGAAUUUCGGGGUUUGAAAAACCGUGUCGGUUCAGGCGACAUGUUUGAUGAAGUGUUUGAUGCUGAGACCUUUACGACGCGGCUCAGCGAUGGGUCAAUAAAGGAGUUAAUACCGGGCGGCAGUACCACGCGUGUGACCCUGGAUAGGUGUGAAGAGUACGCCGAUGCCCUUUCUGCUGCACGACUUGGUGAGUGCACGCGGCAGCUUGAGAAGAUACGCGAUGGGUUGCUGAGCGUGAUUCCUGAGACUGUGCUAUGUCUACUAACCGCAAGCGAGCUGGAGUUUCGCAUCUGCGGCAAGCCAGACUACGCCGUGGAGGAGUUGCGGGAUGGGGCUGUGUACGAGGGGCUGACAAGCGAUGACAGAAGGGUGCAGUUUUUGUGGCAAGCCUUGGAGGAUGCGACGCCGUUGCAGCGUCGACUAUUCCUGCGAUUUGUUUCCGGGCGGGACAGGCUUCCCGUCAAGCUGCGUGUGCUGCCACUCUCCACCCCGGGCGACGCCGACAGUGCUCUCCCCCGUGCAGCCACCUGCUUUUUUGCCCUCGAGCUUCCGGACUACUCCUCGGUGGAGGUGUUGAAGGCGAAGCUGUACUACAGUAUCGAGAACUGCGCCGACAUCGACACCGACUUCAACCCACGAGAGGUGGACGAAAGCGAGGCGCCGCAGCUGAUGGUGGGGCUGGAAGACACGCGGCAGGAGGAGGUGGACUCGGCCACGUUAAGUGACUGA